UUUCUAUGCUUUGUUCUAUAUUGUCAAAUUCACAAAUUCUUAAACAAUUGGCCUGUAACGAAUUGAGUAAGGUCAGUUUUAACUAAUUCGGCUUUUUAAAUCAGAAAAAACGCUUAAAAAAUUCAAAAUGAUUCCCAAUGAGAUAUUUGCUGAAGAUCUGAUGAGUACUAUUAUAAGAUAUGGAUUAUAUAUUGGCGCAGCUUUUCAAUUUGCAUGCUUGCUGGCUUGCGUUACUCUUACGGACGAACAAAGCGAUUCUCAUCCAUACGAAAAGGCAUACACAGAUAGUGAUGAAUGUAGCUCUGAACAAUCUUCACCGGGGCAUAGAGCCACCGUAUCUCGUGCUCGGCGUCAUGAUAAGAAGAAACGUCGCUAAAAAAAUGUAUAGAGGUAACAUUACUGUUUUUAAAAAAUAUUCUUAUUGUCAAAACUA